CCCCCUUCCACACCGCUCAAUUACCCCCGUACUCCUCCCGAAUGGCCGACUACGCCCAGUCCGCCGCGGGGGGCGCCUCCGGCUCCUCGUCCGACUUUGUCUGUCUCCCUCCGUCCUACUUCCGCUCUCUUGCUCUCUUUUCUCCCGCUAACUAGUCCUCCUCCCCAGGUCAAAAAGCUCUUCAAAAUGCUGGAGGAUCCCUCCUACCGGGACAUCGUCCGGUGGAGCGACGCCGGUGACUCAUUUGUCGUUGUUGAGACAAACGAAUUCACAAAAUCAAUUCUCCCGCGCCACUUCAAGCACUCAAACUUUGCCAGCUUCGUCCGUCAACUGAACAAGUACGACUUCCACAAAGUCCGGAGCACGGACGAGGACGGUGCCUGUCCCUACGGCGAAGGUGCCUGGGAAUUCAAACACCCCGACUUUCAACUUCACAACAAGACGCAGCUCGACAACAUCAAGCGCAAGGCCCCCGCCCCGCGCCGCGUCCAUCACCACAACGAAGACAGCACGGCGUCGGAGCAGGUCGCGAAGCUAGAGGCCGAGAUUGAGAAUCUCAAGGCAAGCCAGGCCCGGCUGACAAAACACAUUGAAACACUGACGACACACUACGAAAACACACUCAACAGUAUGAUCACAAUGCAGCGCUCGAACGAAGCCCGCGACGAGCUUAUGCGCUCGAUAAUCACCCAACUACAAACCGCUCAACAACAGUCACAACAGCAGCAGCAGCAGCAGCAACAGCAGCAACAGCAACAGUCACAGCAACAACAGUCACAACAACAACAGCCACAGACUCCGUCUGCAGUGGCCGCCGGCUUCGUCAACUCGGCCGACGUCGACUUUACACACACAGCCGCCUCGAUGAUGGGCCGACCCGAGGACUUUCAGGGCAUCGGUCUACCGCACACACCACCACCACCUCCCCAGACACAAAGACCAGACCAGGCGCUCGACUACUUGACCGAGCUGGCGAAGCGCGUGCAGGUGGUGUGCUCGUCGACAAGCUCGCAGCUGUAUAUGCAGCAGCAGCAGUUUCUCAAGGAAGCGCGGCCAAAGAAACUGGGCGAGCACCUCGCGAUUGCGCAUUCGGACGCAAACAGCACUACAGGCAACAGCCCUAUGGAAGAAGGCAGUGGUGGACUGAUGGAGCUUGAUACGGUAUCAGCGGUGUCUGUUCAAGCAGGUGGCCCGCUGACGGACUACGACGGACGGUCGUCAAAGUCGCCGUCUGCGCCGUCAUACACGCAGAGCUGGGCGGUUCCGCCAAAAGUACUGCUGGUGGAGGAUGACGCGACGAGCAGGCGCGUGUCGGGCAAGUUUCUACAGAUUUUCGGGUGCGAGUCCGAUAUAGCGGUUGACGGGCUGGCGGCGGUGAACAAGAUGAAUAUGUCAAAGUACGACAUUGUGCUGAUGGAUAUCGUGAUGCCGAACCUGGACGGCGUGUCAGCGUCGUCGCUGAUCCGGCAGUUUGACCCGCUGACGCCGAUAAUUGCAAUGACGGGCAACGUGACAAACAACGAUGUGAUUACGUACUACUCGCACGGAAUGAACGAUGUGUUGGCGAAGCCGUUCACGAAGGAGAAUCUGCUGGAGAUUCUGGAGAAGCACCUGAUCCAUCUGAAGGAGAUGAAAGAGAUCUGACAUGAUCGGUACGUGGAGCUUGAUGUGCUGUAUGCAAAGCUUCACGGGACAAAGCCGGCAGGGCCGGGGACGACGACCUCGCAAUCUUCGGCGCGGUCGUCGGUGUCGUCGCCUGCAGAGAGGUGGGCGGAUGAGUGGCUUGAUUAUGACGAGACGUCGCCGUCGACUGUUGAUUGAUGAAGCUGCAGAGUGACUUUGAUUAUAGAUUUUGUUUAUAUACUAUUCGAGUCACUUGAGCUGUUGGAUUUUGGCUGUAAUU